CAGUGCAUGGGCUACGUGAUGAAGUAAUGUUGUAGUUCUGGCUGUCUAACGCUAGGUUCUCUGGUGGUGAAAUGUCUGUCCACUUAAAUCGAUAGCGCCAGUUUACAGAACUGAGACCCGAGGCUGGAAUGGUUUCGCGACGUGGAGAGUUUAGCGCUGGUGCAUAGAGCUCUAGAACUAAAAUUCGAGUGUCUGGGUGUUUGGAAUACCUCGUGAUAGCUGAAAUGGACAAUUGCCGCUCAAAACUUGCUCGCGAGAUUAAAGGGUUACUUAUCACUGAUGUCAUGAUUUUACCGGCUUAAGUUUGUUUACUAUGAUAAACGCUAACGUUAGCUAGCUAACUUAGUCACUCAAAACUUUGUAUAAGUCUGUUCAUAUAACAACUAUGGACGGUGCACUUGCAAUUGUUUUGAUAUCCCUGGCUAUGUUCGUAGGAUGUUUCCUCCUCGGCAUGAUACCCGUUUUGUUCCGACUUUCAGAGCAAAAGUUGCGGUUCGUGUCAGUAUUCGGGGCUGGGCUGCUAUGUGGCACUGCACUGGCCGUUAUCAUUCCAGAAGGGGUGGAGCUGAUGGAGGAGUCGUGGAAGGCCUCUAUGUGCUUCAACUUGUCAGGCAGUGAAGUCAGCUCCAGCUCCAGCUCCAGCCCCGACGUGAGCUCCAGGACUGGCCUGCCGCCUAACUUCCUGAUCGGAGUGUCUCUGGUUAUAGGCUUCACCCUGAUGUUUGUGGUGGACCAGAUUGGCACUUACUGCUCCAUACAUGAUCCUCAGACUGGCAUGUCAAACAGCACCAGUGUCACCGCCACCUUAGGACUGGUCAUCCACGCUGCAACGGAUGGCAUUGCCCUAGGUGCUGCUGUGGCCUCCUCCCAAGUGUCUGUGCAGGUCAUUGUCUUCUUUGCAGUUAUUCUGCACAAGGCUCCUGCGGCGUUUGGGCUGGUGACGUUCCUCAUGCAUGCUGGUGUCCAGAGGAGGGUGGUCCAGAAGCACCUGCUGGCCUUCUCAGCAGCGGCUCCAGUCCUGGCCAUCACCACCUACUUCAUCCUCCACGCAACUGGAGGAGCUUCUUGGCCGAGUGCCGUUGGCAUCGGAAUGUUGUUCUCGGCCGGCACGUUCCUGUAUGUGGCCAUGGUACAUGUGCUACCGGAGAUCAACAGCAGAGGGCACCACCACCCCAAUGGUAUGCAGCAGCAUUCAGGAACGCCAGCCUACCAGCAGGGGGGGCUAGGGAUCCUCGAAAGCCUCCUUCUCAUCAGUGGAACCGCUUUGCCUACUCUGCUGACCCUGGGACUUCAUGAUGACUGAUACACACAGUUGGAGGUGGACCACUGUGUGUGUGACUGCCUUUUACUGAGGCAUUUUGGGAUUUUUUUUUUUAAGUUGUUGCUGCUUUUUGUAGAUACAAUGGUGUGUUUCAUGCAGUGCUCUAUAUUUGGAUAUUGCCAAACCACAACCCCAAGCUUGCUCUGGAGCAAGGUAGAACUACAUCCAUCUGAAGUCCAGUUAAAAACCGCCUAUUGUAAAACGUUUUUUUUUUUAGGUUUCUGAAUGUAUUUAAAGUUGACAAUCACACUUGGCCAUACAUGGCCAUACAUAGACUUACACGCCAGGACAAUGGAUUCUGGCCAUCAACAAUCUCUGUCAUUUACACUCAGCAAGUGUACUUACAUCAGCACUAGUAUGCUGAAGUUUAAGCCAGGAGUAAUACACGAGAUGACAAGUUUCAUAGUACACAGACCAAAUGUGAUGCUCUCAGGGGUCCAUGUACUGUACAGGAUCUUGCUGAAUUUUGAUAACAUGUUUGUAAGGUUUUGAUAACCAAUAGUUCAUUUGUUUCUGUUUAUUUUAUAUGUUUUGAACAGGUGAAAAAGUCACCAUGCUUCAUUCCUAUAGGAAUCCCGUGUUUGUCAACAUCGCCGUCUUUGAAGUAAACGGCAACCUGCCAAAGCCAUUUGAUCAAAUCGAGGUCAACCAGUUGAAUGAGCCAGAAUACAAAUAGGCCUAAAGACUGCAUGCCGCUUCUGUUUUGUGAUAUGACUGAUGAUAUUUCAUUCCAUGUUCCACAUACUGUGUAAGAUGGAUAUAAUUGGUUUUGGAUGUGUGAUGGGCUUUUAUGUAAUGUCAACUACAUACACAUUUUGACUAUACAUUCCUUCACAUAAUCAGCGGUGGGAGAAAAAGUAUGAUACUUCCAGAAUGAUGAACAUUACUCUGAGGAGACAGUCACUAUACUGUAUCAUGCUUUUACAGUUGGUGUGUCUGGUGAAACCCAAUCUGCUUCUGCUUCAUGCAGGCGUCAAUCUCUACUGUUUCCUCUGCCAAUAGCAUUUGCACUUUUGCCAGCAACCUGUGGUGGUGUGAUACUAUCAGGUUUUCCAGUUGCCAUAUCACGUUUCCAUGUGAAGUUACUUUGUAGUAGUGGGCUGGGAUUGUAAUGGUACAUUGCAUUCAAGAAAUUAAAUAAAUAAAUGAUGAUAUAUACAUAGGCAGAUAUAACAA